CAUCCCUCCAGACUCACAAGGGCAAAUAACCAGAACGCACCUCGGCUCCUCUCCGCCACGCCCGCACCGCAACGCAACGUACGUAGCCGCAAGCCCAGCCAGAAUUUCUUCCCUGUGCAAGCAAGCAAGCAAGCUUCCCCACACUCUUCUUACCUUAAUUUGUGCCCCAUUCUCACGUUCGCCGUGUCUGACAAAUAUACAUAUCACGUCGGGUUGGUCUUUGUUGUACGAUACAUUACGGUGCAGUACUUGCUUGCUUGACUAGAGAACGCGAUAGACAACCAGACAGCAAACAGCCAGACUGAGAGAAAGCACCUGGCGUGGCGAAGUGAACGGCCAAGGCGGGGUUUUGCUUUUGAGGAAGGAGAGAAUUAAUAAAUCGGACUUGGAUUUCGUUAAAGGGAUUCUGCGACAGAGUGCCGGGGGGUUUGGUAUUUACGAUACGAUACGAUACGAUACGACUUCUGCGAGAAAGCAAGUCAUACGAAUCAACUUAGAUCCUGGAAUUCUGACACGGACGAGACAGUUCCUUGCGUUCUAUUGAACUCCACACGAUCGAUACAACUAGAAGCAACGAAACGGGACGAGGGUGACUACAUACACGAACGAAAAGCCACAAUGUCAUUCAUGGGAGGAGCAGAGUGCUCUACGGCAGGGAAUCCGCUGAGCCAAUUCACGAAACACGUUCAGGAUGAUAAGAGUCUGCAGAGGGACCGGUUAGUGGGUAGGCCGGGGGGGAGUAUGCAGGGGAUGAGGAGUACGGGAGGCGUGGGGAUGAGUGGGAGUCAGGAUAAUAUGAUGAACGAUUUCAUGCAACAGAAUGGACAACUCCCAGAAGCUUUCGCCAUGCAGCACGACCUCCACCAGAACCCACAUAUGCGAGCCGGCUCUACAUCACCAGGUAUAAAUGGUUGGGCACAAGAAUUUAACCCGGGCGUGGAUCAGGCGAGGAUGGAAGCUGCAUUCCAGGCUCCUAAAGGCACAGCAUUCAGUCCCCAGGACUUUGCUCGUUUCCAGCAGAUGAACCAAGGUGCUAGGACAGGUAGUCCUAUGGCCCAGCAGAUGGGAAAUGGAUAUCAAGGCUACCAAUCACCUAUGGGAAUGAACAUGGGCAUGAAUAUGGGAAUGGGUAUGGGAAUGGGUAUGGGAAUGAUGAACCAUUCACAGUUCCAGCAACCGCAGAACUUCCAACAACAGGAUAAAGGAAAAGGGAAGAUGAUAGAGCUUGAUGAUGAGCACUGGGAGGAGCAAUUCAAGCAGAUUGAUAUUCAGGGCAGAGAACAAGAUGAGAGUCUAGCAGCAGAAGCAGAGUUGGAACAAAUGGACAGGUCAGUCCUUGAAUCCGAAACCAAUGAAUUUGGUGAUUUCGAGUCUAUUUGGAGAGGCAUACAAGCUGAGACUGCUGCUGCUAGGGAACUGGCUGGUGAAGAGAAUAUAGGACAGCAUAGGGGUGAUUUCGAACAUAUGGGUGAUUUCGAUCAGUGGGAUGGCUUUGACGGCCUUGGCACUCAUCAACCAUUCAGGGAUCCGCAGCUAGGUGACUAUAUGUUUGAAGAGGAUAAUAUCUUCAAAGAGGUCGGAAAUCCUUUCGAGGAAGGUGUCAGGAUCAUGCAUGAGGGAGGAAAUCUCUCCUUAGCAGCUCUGGCUUUCGAGGCAGCAGUUCAGAAAGAUCCACAGCAUAUCGAUGCAUGGGUCCUUCUAGGGUCAGCGCAAGCUCAAAACGAGAAGGAAACUCCUGCUAUCCGUGCUCUCGAACAAGCCGUCAAGAUCGAUCCCAGCAAUCUCCCAGCCCUCAUGGGUCUAGCAGUAAGCUACACCAACGAAGGCUACGACAGCACCGCCUACCGGACCCUCGAGCGCUGGCUCUCCGUCAAAUAUCCCUCCAUCAUCUCUCCAUCAUCGCUCUCUUCAGACGCCGAAAUUGGCUUCACAGACCGCCACCUCCUCCACGAAAAAGUCACCGAGCUCUUCAUUUCUGCUGCCCAGCUCUCCCCAGACGGCGAACACAUGGACCCAGAUGUGCAAGUCGGUCUCGGCGUCCUCUUCUAUGGUGCAGAGGAGUACGACAAGGCUGUCGACUGCUUCUCUGCUGCUCUCGCGUCGAGUGAAUCAGGUGCAUCGACCCAGAGAGAUCAAGUUCAUUUACUUUGGAAUAGGCUGGGAGCUACACUUGCAAAUUCUGGACGGUCCGAGGAAGCUAUUGCAGCGUACGAGAAGGCCCUCACGCUGCGGACGAACUUCGUGCGCGCGCGGUACAAUCUGGGUGUGUCCUGCAUCAAUAUCGGAUGUUACGACGAGGCUGCAUCGCAUCUCCUCGGUGCGCUGGCCAUGCACAAAGUCGUUGAGAAUGAAGGGCGCGAGAAGGCGCGUGAUAUUCUCAGCAGUGCGGGUGGACUCGGCGUCGACGCGAAUGGCAAUGUGAGUGAGGCGGAGCUGGAGAGGAUGAUUAGCCAGAAUCAGAGUACGAAUCUUUACGAUACGCUGAGGAGGGUGUUUAGUCAGAUGGGGAGGAGGGACUUAGCGGAAAGGGUGGUGGUGGGGAUGGAUGUUGAGGCUUUUAGAGGGGAGUUUGAGUUUUAGAUUGGGAGUGGGUGGGGAUAUGAGGUGAUGUUGAUGUGAUGUGUUUUGGUAAGGGUAUGGCAUAAAAGAUAAAAUGUCGAUAACAUGAGUAAAUGACAAGGAUGUACAUGAACGAAAACGAACUCACUCAUCACUUAGAUCCUGUGCUUGAAUGCGUGGUUAUGUCAAUC